CCUUCCUUGUUUCGUUUUGUUUUAUGGCCUUUCUCUCUCUUCCUCUUUCCUCUGCAAAUCCCUAGAUCCCAAACUAAACGCACUUUCCAUCCUCCAACAAGGAUCGUCUGCUCCGCCUUCCUCCCUGCUCUUCCAGUCUUAGGGUCAGAUUUAUUUUUAUGGAAUUUGAAUGCCAGAAGUCUGCCGGGUUUUAUAAGGAUUCAAGAGUUAUUGCGAAAAAUUAUUGUGAAAAAUCAACCGCUGGAUCAAGUUAUUUCAACCUCAAAGGCAAACCGGAGGGAAUUCUAUCUGGCACAUCGGAAUUUGGCUUGGAAAAGGGAAAUACUACUUCAUCUACUCCGAAGUCAGUCUCUAAAAUUGUACCCAUUGGUUGUCGGUCAAUUACCGACCUUCCGCCUGCAAUUAUAUCUGAGAUUUUGAACUGCCUUGAUCCAAAGGAGCUUGGCAUUGUAUCUUGUGCGUCGACGAUUCUUCAUAGGCUAGCAUCUGAACACCAUGUGUGGAAAGAAUUCUACAGCGAGAGAUGGGGACUUCCAGCUGCAUCGGCACCUGUGGCCGCUUCUGGAUUUCCCGAUGAGAAGUCAUGGAAAGAUCUUUUUGUGGAGAGAGAGUUUAGGAGCAGGACUUUUAUGGGACGAUACAGUAUGGAGGUUUUGCAUGGUCAUACUGAAGCAGUUCGUACAGUGUUUCUUCUGGCUUCUGCAAAACUUAUAUUUACUUCUGGAUAUGACUCAAUUGUGAGAAUCUGGGGCUUGGAAGAAGGAUUAUCCAUUGUUUCAUCGCGAUCACUUGGUUGUACCAUUCGUGCACUUGCAGCUGAUAGAAAGUUAUUGGUUGCUGGAGGUACUGAUGGCUUUAUCCACUGUUGGAAGGCAAUAGAGGGGCUUCCUCACUUGUUUGAUGUGAAAGGCCCUCAAAAUCACAAUACUGAGUUCCGGCUUUGGGAGCAUGAGGGACCCAUAACCUCACUUGCUCUGGACCUAACAAGGAUUUAUAGCAGUUCGUGGGACAUGACUGUUCGAGUAUGGGAUCGGUUUUCACAAAAGUGCUUAAGGAUCUUGAGGCACGGUGACUGGGUUUGGGGACUAGUCCCUCAUGAUACUACGGUUGCCAGCACAUCAGGUUCCGAUGUAUACGUCUGGGAUACUAGUAGUGGGGAGUUGGCUACUAUCAUUCAUGAUGCUCAUGUUGGCAAGGCUUAUGCCUUGGCACGAAGCCAUACAGGGGAUUUUCUAUUUACUGGAGGGGAAGAUGGUGCAAUUCACAUGUUUGAUAUUACUAACCGCAGUGUUGAUACAACCACUCAGCUUGUUGGAUCAUGGAUUCCUCAUUCGGGUCCAGUUUAUUCCCUAGCAUUUGAGUUUCCGUGGCUGGUUUCAGCUUCAAGUGAUGGGAAACUCUCACUCAUUGACGUGAGAGCAUUGCUUAGGACGAGGACACGAACUUUGUGGAAGAGAGAUUCCGUGGGACAGCAUGCCAGGAGUAUCAGUGUGGAGCCUCCGCAGAGAAUGUUGCACGGAUUUGGGAGCAAUUUGUUUGGUGUGGAUAUUGGUGCGGAUCGAAUCGUUUGUGGAGGAGAGGAAGGUGUUGUGAGGAUCUGGAACUUUUCGCAGGCUCUGGAAACUGAAAGGAGAGCUCGUGCUCUAAGAGGAAUUAGGUUAGAGAAUAGGAUGAGGCGGCGUAGGCUUCAAAUAGAAAUGAACACCAAAGGUGGUGGUGGUAGGAGUGAUCAGUGCUCGGUUGCGGCCAAGAAAACACCAUUGAACAGCGAUCGUGUUAGCGUUUGGCACAGCAAACGGGGAAUGAGUGGAAAGCUUAAAGCUUAGGCGAUUGAAUCAUUAUCUGUUUCCUUCAAUUUUAAUUUGAAGUAAGCUGGUAGCAGCAGUGAAUUUUAGUUGUUAAUUCUGUACCUCAAUUUCAAGCACCGGCUAUUUGAUGAUUUUGUUCCCCUCCCAUGAGCUUCUCGAAUUGUAGUUUGGCUCGCUCAUGUCACUUUAUAAAAAUCCUCAAAACAAAAUGAUGAAAGCUUAAAAAUUCUCUCUCA